UUUCUUCCAAAUGAAGUAGAUCUUCAUGAGGUAAUAGUAUUGCCAAAAGCAGAAUGGGAAAGGAUUCAGGACAAUCUUGGCAGCAAAACUAGAGAAGCAGCACGCAUCCUCACUGAGAAGAAAGAACGGGAAGAAAUGCACUUACGCUCCAAAGCAGCUGUAAAAAACUGGCCCAAUACCAUCAUGGGCCUGGCACAACGGAAACUUAAAGCCAAACAAUUACGUGAAGAAAGGGAAGAGGAAGAAAGAAAGCUACUUGAUUUGGAAGAAGAGCAGUUCCAAGCAGCAAAACGGAAGGAGGCUAUUGAUCAUGCAAAAACCUACCUGUACUAUCAGAAUGAAAGAGUGAAAGGGUUGCAUAGUGCACUUCUACUUGCUGAGGUCCUAAAAGAAAGAGAUGCUCAAGUUGAAUUUAAAAAGUUAAAGGCAGAUGUUAACAAAAAGAAGGAUGAAGAAAAGGAACAUGAAUGUAAAGAAGCUAUUCUCAGAGAGCAAGAAAAGGCACAUCAGCGUUAUAUGAAUCAACAGGCACUACGCAGAGAUCAGCUGGAACAAAUAAAGGAGCACAAGCAUCAGGCAGAUCUGGCCAAGCUAGAAGACAAAAGAGAAGGGGAACAAAUACAGAGAUUGAACCGAUUGUACCAAUUGGAAAUUCAGAGAGGAAAAGAAAAGGAACAGGAGGAAAAAGUUGAACGCCAGAGGGUGUAUCACGAGCAUGUAACUGACCAGAAAAUGAUCAAAGCAGUAGAGGAACAAAAACAAAUGGAAGAAGAUGAUCGGAUUAAAGCUCAUUUUAAAGCAAAGGAAACUAUUGCCAAGCUGAUAAAAGAGAAAGAAGCUGAGAUGCGUAGACUAACACGGGAACAUCAGGACAAAAUUGUUAGCCAAUUAGCUGUACAAAUGAAUGAGGCAUUAAAGAGGGAAGAUGAUCGUCUUGCUAGAGACAUUGCAAAAAAAGAAGCUGAACAAGAAAAAAAAUGGAAAGAGAAAGAAGCAAAAGAAAAGGCAGCCAUUGAAUCUAUUGCUGAACAUAGAGCGACUGUGAUGCAGAUGAAAGAGAAAAAGGAGAGAGAGGAAAAAGCAGAGGGUAAAAAAGAACUUCAUGCGUUAAUGGAAGAGAACCGCAUCUACCUAGAAAUGGAAAAAGCCAAGAAACAAAGACAACGUGACGCAAACAUGGAAGUACAGAAAAUUCAGAUCCAGCAAAUGGCUGAAAAGCAGGCAAAAAAACAGCAGGAAAAGCAAGCAGAUUUGGACUACGAUGCUCAGAGAGAGGUUAUUGCACUUUGUAAGGAGCGUGAAUUUCAGAGCUAUGCAAAGCAAGUAAUUGAAUCGGAGUCCAAGACUACACAUCAUCUUUAUCCUCUUCUCAAAGCAUCCAAAGAUGGAAGAGGACUUGGACACGGGCCAUUUUCCAAAGAGAAGGAAUAAAUACUAGUAUUCAAGCACAGGAUGGUGCUGGGACCCAGUUACCUUGUUGUAGCUGUACUACUGCUCAAGAAGUUAAAAACAUGAAGUAAUAUUGAGACUAUCCAGCAAGGAAAGGCCGAAGCAGUUUUCAUGUGGUGAAAAAAAUAUCUUUUUGAACCUUAUGGGCAGAGUUAAACUGUAAAUGAUCUACAUCAAAUAUAUGCUAUGAAUCUGGAAGUCCACUUGAAAAAAAAAAAUUUCCAGAGAACUGGUUAUAUUCUCAAAAAUCCCCAGCUUGUAUUUCAUGAAAGUUAGUUUAUUAAACUUCAGACAGAAAUACAUGAUAUAUAAUUGACCAUCAAUGUAACCCAUUCCAGCCAAAAGCUCACUAUUACUGUUAUAUUUUUACUAUUCAUUAUUCUAAAAAUUCACUGUCCCCGGUUUUUCAGGCCUAGGAUACAAGUUCCCAGUGCAAAAGGUCACAUUUUUCACUAGCCCACUUCCAGUUAAGUAUUCUCCA